CCAGUAGCCACUCGCCGUGCUCGCGUCCGCCGACCACCCGCGACCCGCGUCCGUGUGCGUCAACCGCGGAAGCAGCGCUCGACACCGGUCCGCGGCGAUCGGCGUAACUAAAACCGUUACAAAAAAUAACCGUCCGAUACCAACACACACACACAGACGUAACACAUUCGAACAUUUCGAACGAGUCAGCGUACAUUCGUAAUUCGUAUUUUGUUUUUGUGCGUCGCCAUUUGCCGAUCGUUAUUCGUCGGGUUAAUGGUUAUUGAAUUUCUGCUGUUUUGAUCGUUUUUUGAAGCGCAACUGUCGUGCCGUUCGACAUAAUAUUAUCAUUAUUAUUUAAACGACAACUGCACACGCCGCAAUAAAUAUAAAACCGGUUGACUUACCACUACCACCGAUGCCAAAGAGUUUUAUUUUGCCGCCGUCGAGAAAAUAGAAAGCAUGUCGUCCAUCAUGUUCGGGUCGCCGUCGAUGAAAGACGACUCGAGCUUUUUACACAAAAUGGAUUACUCAAUGGGUCCAGGUACAGAUAAAAUACGACUUAUACUGGAUGAAAUUUGUGCAUAUUCAGAAAAAGAACUCCAAAAAGUACAACGCAAUCUAGAUGUUAUAUAUGGAACUGAUUCAGAUGAAAAGAAAAACGGCAUAAACCAACUUCAUGAACAUUUUAAAGCUCAUAUAACUUCAUUUUUGGAUGAAGUUGUUAUGGAAUCUGACAGAGACAAAAAUAAUAUUAUAAAAGAUAUUGAGGAAUUGUUAGUUGAAAAGGAACUUUUAGAAAAGGAACUACAAAUGCAUAUUUCAAUUGAUGACCACAAUGAUGCCACUCCAUUGAUUGAUGUUCAAAUAAAUAUUGAUAAAUCUCUACAAGAAUGUAGAAAAAUUAAAGAACAGCGCAUGUUAGAACUUAAUAGACUUCAAGAAGAAGAAAAACAAAUUUGUCAAUUACUUAAUGAAAAACCUAAAUACUCGGGCAUUAAAGAUAUGCCAUCUGCAACAAUGCUGGAAAACAUCAAAAGUCAUCUUAUAGAUUUAACAAAUACUCAAAUUAAACGUCGAUCUACAUUUGCGGAACAAAAAUCAAAAGUUGAAUCAUUACUGGCAGAUCUGGGAGAAAUACCAAUUUUACAGUUUGAUAAAAUGGUGUUGGGAGAUCCAAACCAGUUUCAACUGUCAAAAUCGAACUUGGAUGAACUUCAAAAAUUGAUAAAACGCUUGGAAAAUCAAACAGAAAAUCAAAAAUGUAUGGCUAUGGAAUUAAGGACAAAAUUAAAUUCAUUGUGGGAUCGCUUACAAAUUGAUGUUUCUUAUAGAGAACAUUUUGUGAGUACAAAAAAAGGAUUUGGAAAAUCAGUUAUACAAGAGCUAAAAUUAGAAGUUGAAAGAUGUGAGACAUUAAAAAAAGAAAACAUCAAACAAUUUAUCGAAAAGUUACGUAGUGAAUUAAAUGACUUAUGGGAUAGAUGUCAUUUUGGUGAACGUCAAAGAAAACAGUGCCCUGUGUAUUAUAGCACUGAGUAUAAUGAAGAUGUAAUGGACUUAUUAGACAUUGAAGUUGACAAUGCUAAAAAAUUCUAUAAUGAUAACAUUUCUAUUUAUCAUUUAUUUGAAGAAAGAGAACAUUUAUGGAAUAAGAUGAUUAUGAUGCAAGAACAAGCUAAUGAUCCAGCAAGACUUUGGCAAAACAGAGGUGGCCAAUUACUUAAAGAAGAAAAAGAAAGAAAAAUUAUACAAAAAGAACUACCAAAAGUAGAAAGAGAACUAAAGAACCAAUUGCUAUCAUAUGAACAAAGAGAAAAUAAAAUAUUCUACUAUAGAGAUGAAAGGUUAUUUGAUUUUAUUGAAAGGCAGUGGGAUGAAUUAAAAAGCAAUAAGAAAAUUUUACAACAAACAAAGUCCAAGAUACAAAGUGGAACAAAGCCUCAAACGCCACUAACAGCCACUCGCAGUAAAAGAAAGAUAGUCGGUACAUCAAGCAACCAAGCUUCUAAGGUCCGUAAAAUCGGCAUGGACCAUAAAGCUGUGGUUACCCCAAGAAGACAAUUGUUUAAUUUUCAUAAUACUAAUGUAGCUACGUUAGUUCCGUUAAACUCUACCAAACUAAAUGAAGUAAAUAUAACUACAACAAGACAGCAUCCAACCUUCCAUGGAUCCAAUGAUGAAAAUGGAUCUGUUGAAUCUUAUGCAACCUUCCAGGAACAUCUUGAAUCCAAAAAACAUAGGUUGUUUACAAGUCCAACUACUAAAAGUGUAUUGAGGGAACCAAAUGCAACAUUUACUACACCGAGGAAACCAUUAAUGAAGACCCCUGUUAAAGGAUCUCAAAUUCCAAUACCAACCACACCUAAAACGCCAUUACGUACAACACCAAGAAUGACGCCCAAUACACGCACAGUUACCAAACUCACGCGAACUAUAAAUAACAAACUUCCAAUAAUUUUUUAACCAUGUUUUAAAACUUUUUAAUCAAUUAACUGUUUAAUUUUUUUUUCAAUUUACCUUCUUGUAUGUAUAGUUUGUUACUUAAAUUUAUAUUGUGUCAGUAUUAUAUGUAAGAAAUUUUUAGUUAUACAUUUGUGAAUUUAAACAAAUUAUUUUUUAUUACAAUUUAAUAUAAUAUGGUAUUUCAAUAAAUUACUCAAUUUGUUUGUUGAAUUAAUAUUUUUAUUAAAAAAUAAAAUGUAUAAUCAAAAAGCUAUUUCAUAUAAUUUAAAAAUCUUUGAUUGUUUGAAUAGACAUAAAUGUUAUACUCUGCACAAUUGUAUAUAUAUUAACUAAUGUGCAAAAGAUAUUAUAUUGUUUUUAUAUUGAAAAACAUAAUAUACACAAACUAUUGUAUUUUAAUUUUAAUUUUAAUUAUAAUAUUUUGUUUUUUAUCUUCAAAUAUUUACAUUUAGCGUAAAGAACAUAUUAUACUAUUGUUUAUGUUAAAAUUAUAACAAACCAGAGUAUUGGUAAAUGUUAUCACAUGAAAUUUAAUUAUUAAAUAUAAACACGUUUACAAGAUAAAUAACAUUAUUUUUAAGUAAUAAUAUAAUAUUUGUAGCAAAAUAUAAAAAAAAAAAAAAACAUGGUGAUCCUUAUGUUAAAAAA